AUGGUGAAGUUUGCUAGAGUCCUAGUGGAUGUAGAAAUAUCUGAUAAACUUCCCCAUAGUAUCAGUUUCUUGAAUGAGUGUGGUCAACUGAUUGAGCAAACUAUUGAGUAUGAAUGGUUGCCUACUAAGUGCUCGAUUUGUAAAAGUCUUAGGCAUGCUGCUUCUAUUUGUAGAUGGGAACAGAGGUUAGUUUGGCAACCUAAGAAGGAACAGGAAGAGGCAUUAGAGAAGGUAGAUGAACACAAGCAGGUUGAGUCUGAACCAGUCCCAGAUACAAUGGUCUCGACUUCAGCAGAACCUGUGAUCACUAAGGAAACAUUAGUUGAUACUGUGAAGGAGACAAGUCUUUCUACAGAAGAUCAGGUCCAGGUCUGGACUACACCCAAAAGAGUGAGUGGAGCUAAGCAUAUGAACGAGGAAGCCCAACCUAGUAAGAAUAAUCAAUAUAGUGUGUUAAAGGAUGGCCAAUUGGAGGUUCCAAAACAUGGGGCAUUUCUUGAGUCAAAACUCAGGGGUUCUAAAAUAGAGGACAUGAUGAAUUCUGUUUUUAGGGAUUGGAAGUAUUACUCUGUCCCGAUUGUAGAGGGGAGAAUUCUGCUGGUUUGGAAAGAGGACUUCAUUAAAAUUUCAGUUCUUGGUGUGGAAGACCAGUUUAUUCACUGUACUGUGAAGAUCAUGGGAGUUUUGAAGCAGUUUUGCUUGACAGUAAUAUAUGGUAGGAACCAAAUUGAGGAGAGGAAGAGACUUUGGCAAGCCUUAGAAUCUUUGCGGUUUCCUGUCCAACCUUGGCUAGUUGCUGGUGAUUUUAAUGCUAUUUUUUAUUUUGAUGAUAGAAUUGGUGGUAGAUCUAUAACUGACAUGGAAAGGGAAGAUGCUUGUACUUGGAGAGCUAACUGUUUGAUGUCUGAAAUAUGUAGGAUUGGCACUCAUUACACUUGGUCUAAUAAACAGAAGGAAGGGUCUCGCAUUUUUUCCAAAUUGGAUAGAGCUUUCGGCAAUGAAGCAUGGACUGAUGCCUUCCCUAAUUCAGAGGCUCAUUUUAACUGGGACGUUAUUUCUGACCAUUGUUACUGUGUUAUUAAACCUGUUCUUAGUCAGAUUUCAGGGGUGAAACCAUUUAAAUUCUUCAACAUGUGGACGAAACAUGAGGAAUUUAAAGAGAUUGUUCUUAAUAGUUGGUGUACUAAAGGUUACCGUUCUGAUCUGCUGGGAAUUAGUCAAAAAUUGAACAUAUUAAAUUCAAUGUUGGUUCAGUUUAAUAGGAGGAAAGUUGGGGAUAUAACAGAUAGAUAUCUUGAAGCCAAGGAAAAAUAUCAACAAACUCAAUUUUUGCUUCAACAGCAGCCCCAAUCUAUAGAGUUACAGAGAGCAGAACAAGAAGCUUGUACAGAGUUUAAUCACUGUUCUAAGAUGCAUGAGAGCUUCCUUAGGCAAAGGAGCAACAUUACUUGGCUGAGAUAUGGAGAUGACAACACAGCUUAUUUUUAUGCAACUUUAAAACAGAGAUCUGCUACUAAUCGAAUCACUGCUUUUAUGGAUGAACAUGGCCAGAUUGUUGAUUGUUAUGAGGAUGUGAUUAAGCAUUUUGUUAACCAUUUUAAAGGGUUUCUGGGUAGUCCUAGCUCUACCACUACUAUGAUUCAGCUGGAGGGUUUUAAGCUUGCCAAAGUCACUUAA